CCCGUCCCAAGCAGUUGUUAGCAUUAGGCUAUGAGGUUAGAAGGCCCGCGGUUUCUCUGCUGUGUAUUACAAUGGCAGCUGAACCAAAACAUUAGCUCUGAUGCUAAAGUCAAACAAUGCUGUGUCAUUAAUUAGUCCGAUAAUAAUUCAGUUUAUGGGCCGUGACAAUUACUAGCCAGUUAGCUAACGGCUAGUUAGCCCUGCUAGCUGCGAUACCAACAUCAGCAACAGCAGCAGCUGUCAACACUGAAUUCCUGCGUAUCCUCAGCAGCCCGCACGGUUUCGCCGCAAAAACGGCACAUUAGAGGAAAUUCAAAUGGAGACAAACGCACCGAAAAGACGAGACAAUAAAAAAUCUCUGCGUGUGAAGGUAAUAAGUCUGGGAAAUGCCGAAGUCGGAAAGAGCUGCAUCAUCAAACGUUACUGUGAGAAGAGGUUUGUUCCCAAGUAUCUGGCCACUAUUGGUAUUGACUAUGGCGUCACCAAAGUGCAGGUUCGCGACAGAGAAAUAAAAGUGAACAUCUUUGACAUGGCUGGACAUCCUUUCUUCUAUGAAGUGCGUAAUGAGUUUUAUAAGGACAGUCAGGGGGUGCUGCUGGUUUAUGAUGUCGGCCUCAGGGAGAGUUUCGACGCUCUCGACAGCUGGCUGGGAGAGAUGAAGCAAGAAAUGGGCUCGCAGGCUAACAUGGACAGCAUCGUGUUCGUCGUCUGCGCCAACAAGGUGGACCUGACGAAGCGGCGGGUGGUGGACGAGGGGGAGGGCCGUCUGUGGGCGGAGUCCAGAGGUUUUCAUUACUUUGAGACAUCGGCACAAAGCGGAGAAGGCAUCAAUGAGAUGUUCCAGGCGUUCUUCUCCUCCAUCACCGACAUGUGUGAAAAUGGCGGGAAGCGUCCGGUGUCGGAGGUCAGUGUCGGCUUCACCAAAGAGCAGGCAGACACCAUCCGACGCAUCCGAAACAGCAAGGACUCAUGGGAUAUGUUGGGUGUGAAACCCGGGGCCACACGGGAGGAGGUGAACAAGGCGUACAGGAAGUUGGCGGUCCUGCUGCACCCGGAUAAAUGUGUCGCCCCCGGCAGCGAAGACGCCUUCAAAGCCGUGGUGAACGCUCGCACCUCACUGCUGAAGAACAUUAAAUAACACAGUAACACACAGCUGAAACCUCUCAGAGCUCGGACCUCCGUCACUCAGACAUGGACUGAAGAGUCGCACUCAGCCGUACGAACAGUGUUUAUUUAUUGGUAUAUUUAUUUAGCGUAAAGGUCUUGUGUGCCAUGUUGCUUGCCACAGUGCUGUAUGCCAACCUAACGUCUGGUUUAUGACCAGUUUUAACUUAUUUACUACAUUUUAUCUCUAAACUCGUGUGUGUGUUAAUGAGAGAGAGAGAGAGUAUGGAAGAUGAUGAGGGCCACAUGAGAAAAUUAAAUUGACUUCUGAAUCAAACUUGAAAUGAAUUCUGAGAUUGAAAAUGACAAAAUUAAGUUAAAAUUUUGAAGUUUCUGUCAGACUUUUUAGAUUUAAAUAAAAAUUUCAAUCUCCAAGUUUUAAGUCUGAAUUCUGAGGCUUUUUUAGUUUUACUCAGACAUUUGAGAAUAAAGUCUGAGACAUCAGGUCAAAAGUUAUAACUCUAAGACUACAGUUAGACUUCUUACAUUACAAUGUCAGAAAUAUGAGUUUAAAACAGUGAGAAAAGAAAAGGUUAAAAUUCUUAGAAAAUCAGAACGUUUAGGAGAAAGUUUAAUUCUGAGAAUAAAGUUAUAAUUUAAAGAUUAAAGUCUUUAAAGAAUUUUCAGGUUGAUGUCAAAAUUGAAACAAAACUCAAAUUCAGAGGUUAAAGUCAGAGAUUAAAGUUUGAUUGUAUAAUAAGAUUCCUGAGAUUAGAGUCACAAUCUUUAGAUCAAUGUCAAAAUUAUAAAUGUCAGUGUCAAAAUUAAAAGAAAAAAAUUAAGAAAAAGUUACAAAAUUCUCAAAUGUCAGAAUUUUCUGAGGUAAAACUGUAAGAAUCAAAUAAUAAUUCAGAGCUAUAAUUUAGACCUUUUCCUUUGAUUCUGAUUAAUGUCAGAAGUCUUACAUUUUUCUUUGUUUCACAUUGGCCUUCAUUCUUUUCUACAUGUUGACGUGUGGUUUUGAGUUAAGUGUGUGUGUGCGUGUGUAUGCAUGUGUGUGUGUGUGCGUGUGUGUGUGUGUUUGUAUCGCCAGGUUAACAGCUUCCUUCUUCCUGUUGAUGUUGAAGACAUCAGUAGAGCGGCAGGUCAAAGGUCAGUGCUUAACCUGAUUUCACAGUAAAGAAACAAAUCCAGUCAGUGAAGGUACGAACUACUUUGGUAAAAGUCGAGUAAUUCUGAAUGAAUGCGACUUUAGAUUCACAUUUCACAGCCUUUAAAGUAAAGAGUUCACUUCCUAAAGCUCAGACUCGUCCUGUGUGUGUAACGUUACUACAUUUUCUCAAACUCAUUUUAAAGCCUCGUUGCCAAAUCAGUCAAAGUUAAAGGUGUGAUGUUCAAUAUUAAAACAACUCUCACAUGGUCAAACCUGCCAACUCCUCAGCCCGAACGUCUCCAAACCAACACUCAGUUUUCUACUCAUGACAUCACCAGUCCCUUAGUGAUGAUUGGUCGAUGCAGCUACGGCGUCACAAAUGCCAAACCAGUCUAAAGCCAAGAGGUCUAAAGAGAAAGAACUACCAACCUACCUGGUCGGGCACCGGUCAUGUGCUGUUUACUGAAGGGGGGGGGGUUAAUUAACUUGUUCCUUCUAUUGUCAACUGUCCAUAGGAUCAAUUAUAUUUUUUAGUUCCUUUAAAUUGUUUAUUUCUGCCCUUAAAUACUGUUUUUAGUCAAAUCCAUGAUUUGUAAACUUAAAUGAACCUUUAGUGGCGGCUCUGUGCCUCCUGAUGUUUGUGUUCUUUUAUUCAUAUGUUUCAGAUCCAUAUAUGUUGCGUUUUCCUCAACACACCAAACAAUAUCAUUUAACUUCACAUCUAACCCUGUUUAUUCCCUUAAAACUCGCUGUUGUUUGAUCAGAAAACUGUAAAUAAGCAGCUGUAUUUUGUCUUCCACCUGGUCACUCCAUGAUAAUGUCCUUACCUGAACAAGAACGUUUCCAUGGUGAUGAUGAUGGGAUGUUUUUCAUCGGGGUACUGAACUAAAAGAAAAACUUUUUAUUUAUGUCCGUCCCUCACUGAAACAGAAUCAGAAAAAAGUGUUUGUUACUGUAAAGACCUGACAGGCAGCAUGACGAUAUGUCAUCACAGUUUUAUAUUUUUACAUAUGUGUAUCCACGGUAACAAACAAAUGCACAGACUGAGCUUCCACUUGUUACUUUAAUGUGAUUUUUAUGUUUUUAAAUUGAUUUUUAUUGUGUAUUAUUUACAUUAUGGUUAGCACUUGUUUUUCCACCUAAAGACCACAUUUCCCAUCAGCCCUGUUGCUUUGUCCGUAUUUAUAUUUACUGAUGGCAGUAAAAAAUAAUUUAAAUGAACAACAAAGCAGAUCAGUUUUUGAUGCAUUUUGCAUUAAAGAAAAAUCCAAAAUAGAUUAAAUAAAAACAUUAAAUUAAAAGCAGAUAACAAAACAACAAAAAUGAAAUCAAUAACUGACCAAAUAAAUUCAAUUUGAAGAUAAAGGAAAAAAUGGACAUAGGAAAUUAGAAAUGAAUUAUUAAAUAAUUUGGAAACAAUUGAAAGCAAAAUUAAUUUAUAAUAAAAAUCCCAAUAAAUUGACAAGUGGAACAAACAGAGUGUUUGUGAUGUAAAGCGUCAGCCAAUCACACGUUUCGAACAUGUCACAUUUAAUUAGUCUGUUUGUAUAUCAGUGUGUUCUGUGUUAUAGUAACCACAUAUUAUUUAUUUUGUAUGAUGAACAGUUUAAAUGGAUAACGAGACUGUGUGUGUGUGUGUGUGUGUGUGUUUUAAGUUAUGAACAUGAUAUUUCGCCACAGACUGAACUCCAUACCUCAUGACUGUGACUUAAGUCACGCUUUAAUCAUCUGAUGAGCUGAUGAUGCGUUUCCUGUCGCCUUUAGACCCUCGUUAAGGUCACAUUUACACAAUAACGCAGAAGAAGAAGAGAAAUGUUUUUUUAAUGUUUCCCACAUUAGUGAGGACAUAGUCAUAGUCACAUGUCGACAGUUUUCUGUUGACCUCUGGAGUGUGUGUGUGUGUGUGUGUGUGUGUGUGUGUGUGUGUGUGUUAGAGUCUCACUGUGGUUCUUGUAAGUGCACGUUCUACUGGAUUGUUUUUGAAAUAAUAAAAAGACAAAAAUCAU